AUGUCGGUCUUCAACACCCUUCCCGACUGGCCUCCAUCGCUUACCCCCGAACAACACUCACAUCUCAUCCUCCUAUCCUCCACCUACGCCCUAUCCCACGGAUUCACUCUACUUCCACCUUCAUCGAAUCAACCACCUACUUCAGCCAUAGCCGCUCCCCUAUCGCUAUUUCCCACCCCGUUUCCUAGGGAUUUAUACGCUCUGGCCGUAUCGUUACAACCGCUAUACAACGCUUUAUACGCUAGAAUAACGUUGGAUUGGGAUUUCUUAGAUAGAGUAAUGGGAGGUAGCGUGUCGAAAGUGGAUACUUUCCAAGGUGAAUUAUGGAGAGGAUGGAAAUCCAUCAGAAAUGAUUUGAUCCAACCUCUUCAAUUGGGUUUAUUCAGGUCAGAUUAUUUGUUGCAUGAUGGUGAGGAGCAUGGGAUAAGUAUAAAACAGGUAGAAUUCAACACGAUAGCUGCCAGUUUUGGGGCUCUAAGUCAGAGAGCUGGAGAAAUGCACAAGUACCUUUCAAAAGCUACCAACGGAUUUUUCUCCAUCUCUCCACAUCUUUCCGACCCAUCAAACUUUCCCACAAACGAACCUCUGAAAAACCUCGCAGCAGGUUUAGCGGAAGGAUGGAAAGCUUAUGGAAACAAGGACGCGGUGAUAUUGUUCGUUGUUCAGGAUGGAGAGAGGAAUGUGUUUGAUCAAAGAUGGUUGGAGUUUGAGUUACUCGAGAGCCAUAGUAUCCCUGUCAUCCGACAUACAUUCUCCGAAUUAUCUACUCUAGCCCAGAUCGAUCCCACCACCAACAUCCUACUCUUGCCUUCUCCCCUGCAGCCCUCCUUGCCCGCUAGGGAAGUAUCAGUGAUCUACUAUCGAUCAGCAUACACUCCUACGGAUUAUCCCUCUUCCGCAGAAUGGUCCACCCGACUUUUGCUAGAGAAAAGCAAAGCUAUAAAAUGCCCUUCUAUGGCAUUGCAGUUAUCCGGAGCAAAGAAGAUCCAACAGGUCUUGAGUGAACCUGGAGUUCUUGAAGAUUUCUUAUUAGGCGAUCAUAGACCUGAUGUUGGAUUUGGCAAGGGAGCGGGCAGUCUGACGCAAGAAGAUGUAGAUAGGUUGAGAUUGACUUGGAUAGGGUUGUACCCCAUGGAUAAUUCGGAAUUGGGAAAGAAAGCUUACGCACUGGCCACGAGCCAACCUGAGAAGUAUGUAUUGAAACCUCAACGUGAAGGUGGUGGAAAUAAUAUCUAUCGAGAGAAUAUCCCAGGUUAUUUGGAACAAUUAGCAGAAGAAGAUAAGAAUAGGAUAGAGGGCGAACCUGAAAAAAAAGAAGGUUAUAUAUUAAUGGAAUUGAUUGAACCUCCCAAAGGACUCAAGAACCUCUUGGUAAAAGGUGGUGAGAAUAAAUCGAGAUUGGCGGAUAUAGUCAGCGAAUUAGGUGUAUAUGGAGUUUCAUUGUUUGGUGGGAAGGAAGUGGUGAAUCAGACUGCUGGGACGUUGUUGAGGACAAAGGGUAGAGAGAGUGAUGAAGGUGGUGUAGCGAUUGGUAUAAGUUCAAUUGAUUCUCCUUUACUUGUAGAUUAG